GUAGCACGUUGACACACCUACCGAGGUAGGUUCUGUACCUGAGCAAUGACCACAUGCAGUUCUUACAACACCCCAUCAGAUUAUACCCAGUCAUUCCGUAGUGAAACCAUUGAGAACACUCGCGUUUCGUCCGCGAGUAUGCACUAAAUGGGAAGCAUCUUUCACUCGAAUCAAUAUAAAAAUUCAAAGCUAUAUGUACCUGCAUUAAGAGUCUAUGUAUACAUUAAGAUUUUGAGAAUCGUAAGACAUUGCUCAUUCUCUCUUUCAAAGUGCUAGAGUUGAUGCAGGCCCAAGCUUGAGAGACCAAAAGAUGUGAGUUUAGUAAAUCGAAAACUCAAUGAGACGGUCUUGCACCAGACACGAUCUUGCAUGUUCCCAAUGAAGAAUCCGGAGACAUCGCGACUGGCAGAGUAACCGUCAGAGACAUCUAGCAGACCGACAAAAUAUCUUGAGUGGCAUCCAAUCAUUCGAAAGUGACGCGAAUUGCGCGGCAAGACGAUCUUCCCAAUUCGUCACCUCCAUGGCUGGGCGACACACAAAACGUGCGAUUGCACAAGACUUAUCUGUCCCGCUUUGAUUUGCAACAAACUCGAACACUCAUUGGCUAUCCAAAAAUAGUUGAUUAGCGAUUUACGCGAGGUGACUAUCUAUCCGAUGUGCUUGUAUGUCAGUAAACACCCGCGUAUAUCAAUUCACCUACCUAUCAGAGCAAAUGAUUUCUCAGACUCAGUGACAAUCACGCUCCGUCAUCAUGUUCCAUCCUCCGCAUCCAACCAUCCACAAUCUGUGAUCCAGAUCUAUGUUUCGUGUCGGAAAGCCCUCGGUACGCAAGCGGGCCCCAAAGUUCCUCGCCGGAAGCUCCUCGCUUCGACGCACCGCCACGAUGUUGCCACAAUCGAACCGUUCUAUCCACUGAAAAAUCGUUGUUGCUACAAGGAUCCCGCAAAUGCGGAGAAUAUCAGUGGUUUAGGAUCUCGGAUAAUAUGGCAUUCCAAAGAAUUCGCAUGGGAGUAAGUGUGGCUAGUGAGGGGGCGAACCACACAGCGAGAUGAUAGGACCCUGAUCGCCACGAUCGCCAAACUGUGUUACCGGAUUUAGGUGAAGCGACAGGGUGCUGAGCCUCGCUCGUGGCCAAACGAUCAUCGCCGGUACCUUGAACCUGCAGUAUUGGCUUCGACAAUCCUGCAUGUCUGCUUCGAUGGCGAUAAAAAGAUGGAUGGCUGGCCGGUUUUUUCUCGCAACUUUUUUCUGAUGAAACUUUUCGGUUGACACCCGAACCAUGACUUCAUAGCAAAUACGCAAACCGUGCUACAGAGAGCAUUUUUCCAUUUUCCUGUCUUCUUUCAGAGUUCGAAAGACGACCUCACAUUCGCUUUGGAUUUCGUCAAUGCAUUCGUUACUGAAGGUUGCUGUCGUGGGUGGUGUUGUGUUAGGGCCGGGUCUGGUUAAGAGCGCGGCUAUACCAUCUACCUCUUCGUCGCUGUCACCGCCGACUGAGAUCACGCCCGCGCCGAGAAUCGAAGAUUUAGAAUGGCUGAUUAGAAGGCAAGACCCUGAUGCUAUUGACUUGGCUGGGGUCCUUCUGACUGCCAUACCUGUCUACCUUCGUCAAGUCGCCGCGACCAAUCUUCCAGCCGUAUCAAGUCUGAUCCGCGAUGAAUUCUCUCAAGACCAGAGACCAUACUGGUUCAAUCAGUUACCGGAAGAUAUUCAGGCUUAUUUAAUCAAGAAGUUCGGACCAGCGACUGCCACGCCUACACCUCCGACCAGCGCAAGUGAAAUCGAAAGUUGGAGCUGGAGUGCGACUACUUCAGCAACUACGACUGGCGAGGAAACUUCUCCCCCUGAAUCGAGCAUUGCACCUUCUAGGACAAGCAACGGAGGAUUCACUCGUUCAUCGAGUAUGACAACCAGAAUUUCGAGUAGCGCAUCGCCCCGGUCCACAAUAUCCACCGCAUCUUCGCGGAGUUCCUCUGACACUGCUUCUUUCUCGUCAUCUGCGACCUCGUCCUCCAGAUCUUCAUCUUCGUCUAUAGCAUCGACUUCGUCUAUAGCAUCGACUUCGUCUAUAGCAUCGUCUUCGCCAUCCACUACACCCGACCCCAUCCCUGAUUCUCCUCCCGCAAGCGACUCUGGUCUAUCGCGAAGCCAAAAGAUUGGGUUGGGAGUGGGAAUACCCGUUGGUGUUGUCGGAGCUGCAGCUCUUUUCCUAGGAUGCUGCUUCCUCCUCCGGCGGCGAACACAGAAGAAAAUGGAUGGAUCGAUUCCACCAUCUUCACCGGGAUUCAUCCCCCAUUUUGCAUUUCAGGACAGGAGCAUGGAACAAAUGGAACACCGAACCCCACUCACACGCCAUCCAAAUAACUCGAUGCAAGACGUUGGAAAUUCAACCUGGGAAGACGAGGGCUACGACCCCAUGGAGCCACACAACUCUUAUGCGAUAGGACACUCAGGACCCUUGCCAUCUAAUAAUCCCUAUGCGCUGAACUACAACACCGACAAAUACCACGACACGAACGAUGUCAGUUACUCAAACCCAGGCGUCCCAAUCAACAACCCAUCACCCAUCCACUACUCGCCCGACUCGAGCGCCACACCGCAAGAUUUACGCCCCAUUAUGACUUUCCACACGCACAGCUCGAACCGCGCGAGGGGUAUGCGAACAAGUUACCAGAGCCUUCGCUCGGUAGCCGAAGUCUCCGAACCCGAUGAUGACAUCGACAUCGACUCCCCCGUUCUCGGCCGCUCCAGACAAACAACAGCGCGAAACCUAACCCCGCACUCCCCUCCAGCCGGACAGAUCAAGCGGAAACCAGUUGGCUCACCGCCAUCCGCAGCAGUAGCAGCCGGGGCGAUGAGUCCAGCAGCGGUAGCGGCAUCCCAGAAACUGCUUCGCCAGACCAUGCCCGAGCACAGCGGUAGCAGCUCCAGCGGCCUCGCACUAUCCACAGCCAAUACGAGCAUGUCUUCCGGUGUAGGCGCUGCAUCUUCUUCCCCAAACGAGUCCAAGCAAGAUCCCAUCUCCCCCAUCUCCCCUCUGACGACUGGACGCGUUCCCAGCAAUCCCUUCUCCUACGACUAUAUCGAAGAUUAUGGUCCGGAGUAUUACUAUAAUGGCGGUGACUACGUCGAUGUUGAAAAUGGCUUGUAUGGUGGCAAUACGAGUUUGUCGCAGUACCCAGAACCGUCGAGACGAAAGAGUUCGUCAUCAAAGACUGAAUGGCCAUUAAGAAAUUUAGUAGGCUCUGGACAUCGGAGGAAAAGCAGUCCGCUCUGGGAUCGGAUUUAUGAGGAAUGA